GCAGUCCUUGUUUUACAAGGCGCCGCUUUCGCCUCCACCCACAGUCAAAAGUAAAGAAAGUCAUGCGCUGAGGGAAUCAUAGGUUGAAGAGGACUUCUCACCACAUUUAUCAAGGAGUCGGUUUUUAGACAAAAAUAAUUUUGGUAACAGCGCAACUCUCUUGCUGCACUAGUAAAUUUUUUUCCUUCUAUGGCAUUUUACAAGGAAGAUAGCCAGGAGGACGCAAGAGAGUGCCCAGUGUGCUAUGAGUGUCUGUCGGGCACUGAGAGGACCCUGAGCUGCGGACAUGUAUUCUGCCACGACUGCCUGGUCAAAACGCUGGUCAGCAUCAACAGCGAUGGAAACAUCAAAGACACAAUCGUUUGCCCCGUCUGCCGACAUCUUACAUUCAUCAAGAAACAAAAGGAAGCGCUGGUUUCCCUCGCGGCGGGUAAGGAUCCAGAUGAAGGGCAGACCCUGGAGGUGCCUCUCCCUCUGCCCCUGCAACAGCUCCAGAGCGCACGGCGCACCUCCAGGGACAGUUUACCAAGGGGAGUUAAUUGGAUCGCUAACUGCUUCAGGGGGAUCUCUGAGCGUGUCCGUCGGCAGAGGUUGAUCAGCCCCAGCCAUAAUGCAUCUCAGAUCUUUAUCAUAAGCGCUCAAGGGCGACCCAUGGCUGAAGAAGAUGCACUCAGUGUUGUGAUGACUGUGGUUCAGCCCCAGCGCAGGCGACGGCGCAGGAUUUGCACAACUGCACGAUGCCUCCUCGUUUUGCUGUCAGCAUUCACUAUACUCGCGCUGGUGGCUGCAACUUUACCCUGGAUUUUGUUGGCAUAGCCCAGUGAUCUGGGUGUCUGGAUUAUGAAGUGCCAAUAGGGAAUGAUGAACUUACAUUUCUAGAACAAAACAAACCCUCCGUUAAAUGUCCAGAAAUUCAAGAUUAUCCAUCAGCUAUAUGCAAUAAAGCGUGUGCAACAGCAUAUUUGUCUUACUGAUCA